AGCUAAACAAAGCUAGCUCAAACUAUCAACAAACAAACCAGCACAAGGAAAGAGACAGACCGCUGCGGCACCAAGGCUUGGAAAAGGCCAUAAUUGGCAUUUCAAACCUAGGUUAAGGAGUUUAUCGGGUCCAUGGCUAACGCAAUGAAUGAGACCCUCAAUGGGAUUGGAGUGGAUGGGAAUGCUUUGCUCAAUGGGGCGGCUCCCAUUUCGUCGUUGAAUGCGGAGUCGCUCAUUUGGGAUGGCUUGAGCGCGGUCAGUGAAGGCUGUCGACUGCCCGUGCGAAUGCGGCAAAGCGAUGAUUGGCCCAAGGCCGAGGUCAUCUCUAUCCGGAACAAGGAGGACGGCAAACGUGACUUCUACGUCCAUUUCGUAGACUACAACAAACGCUUGGAUGAAUGGGUCACGGAGGAACGCCUUGACACCCGACGAAUCGAGCAACCCACGCAUCGGGAUGAGAAAUCGGGGGGUGGGGCCGGUGGAGGAGGCGGUGGCGGCCGAGACGGCACCGGAACCACAGGGAUUAAUACUCCCCGGAAACUGACCUUGCAGAGCAGUGUCAGUGUGUCCUCGGUGCCAUCCAGGCCCUCGUCACCCAUGGAAGAUGAACAUGUUGUCACUGGCAGUACUCUUCACGCGGCGUUGCAAAAACGUCAGGCCCGCAAACGGCGCCCCGGGCAAAGUGCGUCGAUCGAUGGACAUGAUAAUACGGGGAAUGCCACACCGGGUGGAAAUAUCUCGGCGGGUCUCUUGAGUGAUAUCCCACCUUCGCCUGCGUCACCUUCGGGCGCGUUGAAUGCAUCUUCAAAUGCCAAUACAGUACCCGCCACGCCCACCAAUCCCAAUACACCACGCAUGACGGGUAGUUUGGCCGUCCCAGGGCAGCAUGAUGAUGUGGUCACUCGGAUGAAAAACAUCGAAUUAAUCGAGUUGGGUCGGCAUCGCAUUAAGCCUUGGUACUUUUCGCCCUAUCCUCAAGAACUCGUCAAUCUGCCUUGCAUUUUCAUUUGCGAAUUUUGUUUAAAGUACGUGAAAAGCCAGAAAUCCCUUCAGCGGCAUUUGACUAAAUGCACUUUGAAGCAUCCUCCGGGUAAUGAGAUUUAUCGAAAAGGAAACAUUUCCUUUUUUGAGAUUGACGGACGCAAGAAUAAGGCUUACGCCCAGAAUUUGUGUCUCGUGGCCAAGUUAUUUCUGGAUCACAAGACUUUAUACUACGACACGGAUCCGUUUCUUUUCUACGUCAUGUGCGAAAUGGACGACCGAGGUUUUCAUAUUGUGGGUUACUUCUCCAAGGAGAAAGAAUCUUCCGAGGACUAUAACGUGGCUUGUAUUCUCACUUUGCCUCAGUAUCAAAGAAAGGGCUUUGGCAAAUUGCUGAUCGAGUUCAGUUACGAGUUGUCCAAAUACGAGGGAAAAACGGGCAGCCCUGAAAAACCAUUGAGUGACCUGGGAUUGCUGUCAUAUCGUAGCUAUUGGACACAUGCCAUUCUCUCGGUGCUUUUGGAUUGUAAAAAGACCGAAGACGACCUUCCACCCAACAUCACCAUCAACGAAAUAUGUGAGCAGACCUCGAUUAAAAAGGAAGAUGUGAUCUCAACCUUGCAGAAGCUAAACCUCAUCAAUUACUACAAAGGACAGUACAUAUUAACGUUGAACAAGGAGCUCAUCGAGAAGCAUCAUAAGGAAAUGGGGAAGCGAUCACUCCGGAUUGAUCCCCGUCAUCUUCACUGGACACCCAAAGAUUGGUCCAAGCGUUCAAAAUGGUGAUGACGAUACGAUACAUUAAUAUUGGUGGAAAUUUCUCUAUUCAAUUUCAUUAAUUCAUUUUUCGGGCUCCUGAUGUAAUGUUUUUAGCACCGCAAAUAAAAUGCGCUAUUUCAUGCCGCUAAAUAUUAAA